AUGACCACCCCUAUGCCCCUCGAGGGUCGCGGACUCGCUAUCUUUACCUUAUCGGUCGUUUUCAUGUUCAUCUGCAUUUUGACAGUGUCGUUGAGAUGCUUUGUUCGCUCGUACAUUGUCCGGGCCUUUGGGUGGGAUGAUGUUCUCAUGCUUAUUGCACUGGCUCUUUUUAUCGUACUGGCGAUAUGCUGUAUGAUCGGGACGUCAAACGGGGUUGGUCACCAAAUCACCGACUUUACCAGUAUCAGCGUUUAUAAAACAGCGCUCACGUGGUGGUGGCUCAGUCAAGUAUUCUAUAUUUGGUCAUCUGCUAUCGCCAAAGUUUCAAUUGCUGUUGCACUGCUUCGAUUGACCGUUAAGAAGACUCAUCGAAUGAUUCUUUGGGGUACAAUUACUUUGACAACAGUCAUUGGUCUUUUAUUCUGGCUAGUCCUCCUGUUGGACUGCCACCCCAUCUCCUAUUUUUGGAAUCAGGCGGACGGCGAACAUACCGGAUCAUGUCUAUCAGUGGAUAUAUUGCUCGAUAUCUCCUACAUCUACAGCGCCUUCACCAUCGUAUGCGACUUCACUCUUGGCACGCUGCCCAUUUUCUUGGUUUGGGACCUACAGAUGAAUCGAAGGACGAAGAUGGCUGUUGGAAGUAUUCUCAGCUUGGGGGCUAUUGCAAGUGUAGCUGUCAUUAUCAGGAUUCCAUUCCUCCAUUAUUAUGCCGACGAAGAUUUUUUAUAUUCCACUUAUCAAAUCGCUAUCUGGACUAUUAUUGAGACCGGGCUCGGAAUCACCGCUGGUAGCCUCAUUACACUCCGCCCUCUUUUCCGCUGGCUCCUCGAUGGAAGCAUGGCAUAUGGUCGAAAUGGGCGCAACCCGGAACACACCUCAGGACGGUAUCGCCUGUCUAGUCUGAAGGUUGAUGGUGCGAGGCAUUCUCAAGACCCCGGCCAUUGGCGCCCCGAUACCGAUAUCAACAACAAAACUCUGGUAGAAAUCGGGGCGUCCCCUCGGUCGCAAAAUUCCAGUGAUGCCAAUAGCAGCCAGGAAGCUUUGAAUCCUGUACUGGAUCGGCCGAGUCACCGCAACGGAGGUGUGACUAUUGAACGUAGCUUCAUGCAGGUGGUGUCCGAGCGAGAUUCAUAA